CCCGCCCCCCGCGCUCAGCCGCCUGUACCCCAGCAAGGCUUCCUGAGCCGCCGGCUGAAGAGCUCCAUCAAGCGCACCAAGAGCCAGCCCAAGCUCGACCGCACCAGCAGCUUCCGACAGAUCCUGCCCCGCUUCCGCAGCGCCGACCACGACAGGGCCCGGCUGAUGCAGAGCUUCAAGGAAUCGCACUCGCACGAGUCGCUGCUCAGCCCCAGCAGCGCCGCCGAGGCUCUGGAGCUCAACCUGGACGAGGAUUCCAUCAUCAAAGCGGUGCACAGCAGCAUCCUGGGCCAGGAGUUCUGCUUCGAGGUCACCACGGCGUCGGGCACGAAAUGCUUCGCCUGCCGCUCGGCGGCCGAAAGGGAUAAAUGGAUCGAGAACCUGCAGAGGGCGGUGAAGCCCAAUAAGGACAACAGCCGGCGGGUGGACAACGUGCUGAAGCUGUGGGUGAUCGAGGCGCGGGAUCUGCCCCCCAAGAAGCGCUACUACUGCGAGCUGUGCCUGGACGACAUGCUGUACGCCCGCACCACCAGCAAGGCGCGCACCGACAACGUCUUCUGGGGGGAGCACUUCGAGUUCAACAACCUGCCGGCCGUGCGCACCAUCCGCCUGCACCUCUACAAGGACACGGACAAGAAGCGCAAGAAGGACAAGAGCAACUACGUGGGGAUGGUCAGCAUCCCCAUCGCCAGCGUCACCGGGCGGCACUUCGCCGAGCAGUGGUACCCGCUCAGCCAGCCCAGCGGCAGCAAGAGCAAGGCGGGCUGCCCGGCGCUGCGCGUCAAGAGCCGCUUCCAGACCAUGAGCAUCCUCCCCAUGGAGCUGUACAAGGAGUUCGCCGAGUACGUCACCAACAACUACCGCAUGCUCUGCGCCGUCCUCGAGCCCGUGCUCAGCGUCAAGAGCAAGGAGGAGGUGGCCUGCGCCUUGGUGCACAUCCUGCAGAGCACCGGGAAGGCCAAGGACUUCCUGUCGGACAUGGCCAUGACGGAGGUGGAUCGCUUCAUGGACCGGGAGCACCUCAUCUUCCGGGAAAACACCCUCGCCACGAAAGCCAUAGAGGAGUACCUGAAACUCAUCGGCCAGAAAUACCUCAAGGAUGCCAUCGGUGAGUUCAUCCGUGCGCUGUACGAGUCGGAGGAGAACUGCGAGGUGGACCCCAUGAAGUGCUCGGCCUCCACGCUGGCCGACCACCAGGCCAACCUGCGCAUGUGCUGCGAGCUCGCGCUCUGCAAGGUGGUCAACUCGCACUGCGUGUUCCCCCGGGAGCUGAAGGAGGUCUUCGCCUCGUGGCGGCUGCGCUGCGCCGAGCGCGGCAGGGAGGACAUCGCGGACCGGCUGAUCAGCGCGUCGCUCUUCCUGCGCUUCCUCUGCCCCGCCGUCAUGUCCCCCAGCCUCUUCGGCCUGAUGCAGGAGUACCCCGACGAGCAGACCGCCCGCACCCUCACCCUCAUCGCCAAGGUCAUCCAGAACCUGGCCAACUUCACCAAGUUCGGGAGCAAGGAGGAGUACAUGGCCUUCAUGAACGAGUUCCUGGAGCUGGAGUGGACCAGCAUGCAGCAGUUCCUCUACGAGAUCUCCAACCUGGACACCCUGACCAACAGCACCAGCUUCGAGGGCUACAUCGACCUGGGCCGCGAGCUCUCCACCCUGCACGCCCUGCUGUGGGAGGUCAUGUCCCAGCUCAGCAAGGAAGCCCUGCUGAAGCUGGGCCCGCUGCCCCGCCUGCUGACCGACAUCAGCGUCGCCCUCCGCAACCCCCACCUGCAGCGGCAGCCCAGCCAGGGGGAGCGGCUGCCCCCCAAGGGUUUGGUGCUGCGGGGGCCCUCGGCCGACCUCCAGCCCUACCUCGUCCGUGACCUCAACAGCUCUGUUGACCUCCAGUCCUACAUGAGCCGAGGACGCCGCGGGCGCUGCUGUCCCCGCAGCUCCAUGGAGGUGCCCCGCCUGCCCUCCCCGCCGCAGGAGAAGGGGCCGCCGGAGGUGCUGGUGCUGAGCCGCCCGCCGCUCGCCCGCUCCUCGCCCGCCUACUGCACCAGCAGCUCCGACCUGACGGAGCCCGAGGGCGGCCGAGCGCUGGGGGUGGGCAAAAGCGUCUCCAUGCUGGACCUGCAGGACGGCCGCGUGGACAGCGUGCCCAGCCUGCCCGCCGAGCUGCUGGCCGCGGGGCCGGCCGCGGGGGGCGGCGGGGGGCUCCGGCCCGGCCGCCUGUCCCAGGGCAGCGCCUCCAGCUUGGCCCCCCCGCGCCUGGGGGUCCCGGAACCCGGGGGUCCGCAGUUGCGGGUGCCGCUUUCCUUCCAGAACCCCCUUUUCCACCUGGCGGCCGACGGACCCCUCCGACCCGAGGGCGGGGGAGGCGAGGGGCCUUUCGCCCCCCCCCUGCACGGGUACAGCAAAAGCGAGGAGCUGUCGGCGCCCCCCCCGAAGCACAUCACCCACAGCCACAGCUACAGCGACGAGUUCGCUCGGCCCGGGGGGGACUUCAGCCGGAGGCAGCUGUCCCUGCAGGACAGCCUGGCCCCCCCCCAGAUCACCAUCGGGGCCCCCCCGCCCCCCACCCCGAGGGGAGCGCGGGCGGGGAAAGCCGGGGGUCCCUCCGCCCUCGGGGUGCCCCCCAAACCGCGCCCGGCCAGCGGGAAUCUGCUGGCGUCCCCCGAGCCCACCUACGGACCCCCCCGGUCCCGGCAGCCCUCCCUGGCCAAGGAGGCGUCGGUGGCCGGGAUGAAGCCGCCCGUCACCAAGCAGGCCUCUCAGACGCCGUCCACGCUGAACCCGGUGAUGCCGGCGGCCGAGCGCACGGUGGCCUGGGUGUCCAACAUGCCGCACCUCUCGGCCGACAUCGAGAGCUCCCACAUCGAGCGCGAGGAGUACAAGCUGAAGGAGUACUCCAAGUCCAUGGACGAGAGCCGGCUGGACCGGGUGAAGGAGUACGAGGAGGAGAUCCACUCGCUGAAGGAGCGGCUGCACAUGUCCAACCGCAAGCUGGAGGAGUACGAGCGGCGCCUGGUGUCGCAGGAGGAGCAGACGAGCCGCAUCCUGCUGCAGUACCAGCACCGCCUGGAGCAGAGCGAGAAGCGCCUGCGGCAGCAGCAGGCGGAAAAGGACUCGCAGAUCAAAAGCAUCAUCGGCAGGUGAGGGAGGGACCGGCGAGGGGGGGGGC